AUCUUGUGAUGAUCCCAUUCUCUCCCUCUCUUAUAAUCCUCUUUAUAUAUUAGUGGACAAAAUGAUCAAUGAAUACAUUACCGUUUCAUUUCAGUUGCAUAUAUAUAUAUACACUCCUACUUUGCUUGCACUGAUUUAUAUCUGAUCUCCCUUCAAUUCUCUCAGCCUCGAUUAUUUUAUGUGUCUAUGCAUCCUUCAACCAAUAUGAUACCACCACCUUAUCGCCAUUCAAUAUCUUCGUCCGUCAUGCCUCUUGAUCUUAAUCAAGAUCAAAACCAUGACCUUUCUAGUCCAAAUUCUUCUUCUUCUUCUUCUUCUUCAUUUUCUUCUCUAUCACCAUCAUAUCCUACUCUCUUUAACUCACAAGAUCAAGUUCAAAAACCAUCUUAUUACUGCCAAACAAACCACUUACCACAUGAUCAAGAGGUUGAGAAGAUUAAUAUUCCCUCAAGUGGAUCAUGGAAUUCUUCAACUGCAGAAAACCAUGAAAACUACAAGACUAAACACAAGCUGACAAUUCGUUGGAAGAAAGAACAAAUUAGUGAUGAAAUGAAUAACAAUCAAGAAGCUGAUCAGGAUGGUACUUCGGUGAAGUGGAUGUCUUCAAAGAUGAGAAUAAUGAAGAAGAUGAUGGUUUCUGAUCAAACGGGCAGUUCUAACUUAACAAGCAACUCUAAACAGAUUAAGUUUGAAGAUCAAAAGCAACCACUGUCACCACAAGGAACAGAUAAUAGCAGCAGCAAUAAUUAUUCAACUAUUAGGGUUUGCUCUGAUUGCAACACCACUAAGACCCCUCUCUGGAGGAGUGGACCAAGAGGCCCAAAGUCACUUUGCAACGCAUGUGGGAUUAGACAAAGGAAGGCAAGACGUGCUUUGGCUGCCGCUGCAGCAUCAGCAAAUGGUACAACAAUUGCUGAUCAGACAGCUUCUGUGAAGAGAAAAAAGUUGCAAAAGAAAAAAGAGAAUAAAUCCAAAAUUGAGUUUGAUUGUUCAACAGUGCAUAUGAAAAAGAAGCACAAACUUGAAGCAAAACCACCAUCUCAUCAAAGUAGAAAGGAGUUUAUCACUUUUGAGGAUUUGAAAUUAAGCUUGAGUGAGAAUUUGGGUGUUCAACAAGUUUUCCCUCAGGAUGAGAGAGAGGCUGCAAUCCUUCUCAUGGCGUUAUCUUAUGGAUUAGUCCAUGGUUGAGCUUAAUUAGUUCAUUGGUUCAAUUUAAGAAUAUUGUUCACUAGGUUUUUGAUACUACUAUUUUAUAUCUAUCUAUCUAUCUAUUUAUCUUAAUUAGGAGUUAGAUUAGUUUGAAUUUGAUUAAUGGUUUAUGGCGUACGAGAAUAAGGUACAAUAAAGUUAAUUAUGAAAUGAUGAUUGGAAAUUAAGGUGAAGGACAAAAAAGGACAAAUAAGUUGCAUCGUUGUAACCAGAUGAAGGUAGUGUGAUUUUUUUUAUAAUAGGUGGGAGUGUGAUUUUGUGAGUUGUGAUUUGUGAACUUAAUUAUAUAUAUGUAUGAUUUGAGCAAGUAGACGAGAAAAAGAAUCUAUUUCUUAUUAUUUGAAAAAAAAAAAUCUCAAGGACUUUAUAUGCUGAAA